AUGCCUGUCCGCUAUGAAAGCAAAGCUGUCAACCCCGAGCCUUUGGCCCAGCCUCUGAGUUUUCCCUUCUCCGGAAAGACAGCAAAGAACCGCUUUCUCAAGAGUGCCAUGGCCGAGAACCUCGCAACUUGGAGUGGCAGCGACCCUUCCAAGAGAGGCGUUCCCACACCCGAGCUCGUCGAGGUUUAUCGUCGAUGGGGUGAAGGCCCGAACAACUUCGGCGUGGUUGUCACGGGUAACAUUGACAUCGAGUUUGACUACAUGAGUGGCAUCGGCGAUAUGAUCAUCACACCCGAGUGUGAGCCCAAGGGCGAACGUUUCGAAGGAUUCAAGGCCGUCGCUGCGGCCGGCAAGGCCCACGGAAGUCUGAUGCUGGGCCAAGUCACCCACUCAGGACGACAGGUGCAGAAGAAGAUUCAACCUAACCCCAUUUCAGCCUCUGCUGUUCCUCUUGAGCCAAAGAUGGGCAUGGAAUUCGCCAAACCCCGCGAAGCCUCCAAGGAGGAUAUCGACCGCGUGAUCGAAGGUUUCGCUCACGCAGCGGAGUAUCUGGACAAAGCCGGCUUCGACGGAAUUCAGCUACAUGCUGCUCACGGCUAUCUCAUCGCGCAGUUCUUGUCGCGCACGACAAACCAACGAACGGAUGAGUACGGUGUUCAAACGCUGGAAAACCGCACCCGCCUGAUUUCCGAUAUCGCCAGGGCCAUCCGGGCGCGGACAUCCCCGGAUUUCAUCCUCUCUGCGAAGCUCAACAGCGUGGAGUUCCAAGAUGGGGGCGUGACGCCCGAUGAGGCUCGCGAGCUGUGUGCAUCCUUGGCCGAGCUGGGUUUCGAUUUCCUCGAGCUCUCUGGAGGCACCUACGAGGCACUGGGCUUGACAUACGAAAAGGAGUCCACUCGCAAGCGGGAGGGUUUCUUCCUCGAAUUCGCUGAGACGGUCGUCACUGGUCUCGGGGACCGAAACUCUCGCAAGACCAAGGCAUACAUCGUGGGCGGUAUGAGGACUGUCGGGGCAAUGGUUGACGCACUUGACAUCGUUGAUGGCGUUGCUCUGGGACGACCCGCCGCUCAGGAGUUCCGAAUUGUUCCCGACAUUCUGGAAGGGCGUGUGGCAGGCGCAAUUCGUCCGGUGCAGAUGAUCGAGGACGAUUUCGGUUUCGGACACUUGGUAUCUGGGGCCCAAAUGCGCCAGGUGUCUAAGGGCCGGGAGCCAUUUGACUCAAGCGACCCUAAGUCAGUGGAGACUUUUGCUUCGGACAUGCAGGCUUGGGUCCAGGACUUGAUUGCCGAUGGCGACAAGCUUGAACACCAUGGAGGUGUAGACUUUUCGGGAAAGGUUCAACCUUACGGGGUAACUGCAGCUGCGUAG